GUUACGGACGUCCAAUCGAGCGAAUAAAGUUAAAAUUAUUUGACUCUAUUCCAGGCGUUGUCAACGUGAAAUCAUGACGAAACGAUUGCGAAGACGGAAGAGACGCAGGCUGGGCGAUUGCAAAGGGCACUCGAAACCGAAAUCGUCCAAGUGUGUUUGUCGCGAAUGCACGUGAGUUUGAUUUUAUUUCGAAAAAUUGUUUGGAUGAGAAAAACUCUUUGGAUGAGAACUUGGAAAGAUCGUUGCAGAAAGAGCAUCCGGUACGUCAAGAAAGAGCGUGUGAUCGAGCCAGACUUUUUGGCAAAUUUAGCCUACAAUCAACGGGUUUCGAGAAACAAUGAGACUUCGAUCGAUGGAUAUAACGAGCCAGUUGGGGAAAUUACGUUGAGUCCGGGUGAAACAUGGUGGAACAAAGUGGUCAACCAACGCUCGAACAUGCCACCAUUGAAUUGUGCUCCGCUAUCGAAGCCCACGAAAUCCGAGUGCUCUUCCGCGACUUCCGGUUUUCGUUCAGCCACGCCCGACAUCUUCAGUGACGCCGUAGAACCGUCGCGAAGCGUUACUCCGCUUUCCGUUAAUACAGAGAACUCGCGCUCCGACGCCACGAACGCUAUUCCACGGGUGACCGAAGGCUCUGAAUCGGGUUCGAAGACGCUGCGGUCCCUCGUCAACAUACAAUCAAAGAUCGAAACUCGAAUGACAACGAGAAGCAAAUCGAACAAUGUGGGGGAAAGACCGAAAAAAAAGGAAGCACCAGCCUCGACGAUAAUUAGCAGACGUAAAAAGAUGGGGAAAAAGAAAAAAAUCACAAGAUCAACGAGCCACGGGAGCGAUUGUUUCAGCACUUGUGCAAAAUGUUCGCGUAUUUUGUCGAAAGCUGUUUAAAAACAAUUUUCAACAUUUUUUAAAUUGACAAUUGCGUUUAUAUUUAUAUUUAUAUUUAUAUCGUCGUUUUUAUGAAUGUAUCGUCGA